ACCAAGGUAUACGAGUAACAAAUAGAAACGUACCUUGAUCAAUUUCAGUCCUCCCAACUUCCUCUCUCCCAGCAACGAUCGCCUUCCCCUCCUUCGAGAUAUUGAACGACAUCAGUAGCGAUUGAAUUGUCUCUGAGACCUCCAAAUGCCUCCUCUCAGAUGCGGUGUGGCUUGCGACGCGGAUCGCCACAAUCACGAGUGGCUGACGCCUUUAUACAACUCACCAGAGAUUGCCGCACCCCUUCUACAACGACUAGACGCGCAGGGCAACAUACAUGGCAAAUACAUGCUCGUCGAUGAUCUACAUGUUCUUCUUAGAAAUGAUGCCCUGACUGACGGGCACCACGAGCAAUUCUUUAAAUCGGGAGUCUUGAGUACACUGUUGCAAAUGCUACUUUAUGACCAUUCAUACGCAACGUACGAAUACCCCAUUCCGCCGCAGCAAUACAUAGGUGCUAUAAUGUGUUGCGCAACCUGGCUGGCCGCUAGACUUAUCAACACUGAGCAGUAUAAAACCGCAUACGGAAAGGAAUGUGCUCGCAGUGUACUUCCUCUGAUUCCCAGUCUCUGGUCAUAUCUCUGGAAAAAGCGAGAUUUUUUCUGGGAUCCUGAACGAAAUUUUAACCUGGCCAGUGAGGAAGGACGACGAAGAUCCAUCAAACUCUCGUACAUGAUCAUGUUCUUGCUCACACAAUAUACACGUCUAGCGAGAAUUGCUGAUCCCGACACACCGGUUCCUCAAUACGGGGACGAUGCUAGGCUCGCUUUGUACGCUUGGACCCAUGGUGCCGAUAGCAGGUUGCAAGACGACAUGAUUCAGGUGCUUUUCGCGCGUGUGGACAUAUUUGAAGGCGCCUCUGAACUUUUCAAAGAAGUGGUUGUAAACACCGGAAGUCUCACUGCGUUCUCUACGACGGUCAAGACAGUCCUGAUGAAGCCCGAUGUAGUGAAUGAGUCGUUGUUGGUGCUUCUGAAUCUGAUGUAUCCCGCAUUUCAAGGCUGCGAUGAUCUCGUAUCGCAACGUCCGGAGGGGAUGAAUGAGCUUGGUUUAUUAGAAGUGAUUUCGUUCUCACUUCAACGUCAACUAUGCUGCGGGAGCGCAAGACUCGACUCUGAUAUCAUGGUAUAUGCUUUAGCAGCCGUAAGCGUUCUGCUCCAAAAUCUCUCUCUACCCCAUGUGAAGGUAGCUGUCACGAAGGUCAAUGAACUCGAGCUCCUCAAGCUGUCCGCUCUCGUUUACUCUCCUGCCGCAGCAAAAGACGACAUCCGUUUCCGAGAAAUGGUCAUUCCAAUCCUAAAAACGUACGGGAUGAUGGGCCACGCUCACCGUACAUCCCUUCCUGAACCUCGAGCCCUUGCCAAAGAGGUCGUAAAUGCUGCACGUACCGUCUGGCUCCCCACCUUGCAGAAACUCCGUGAUCUCAAUAUUCCACCCCGAUCCCCACAGUACCGAUGGGUUCAAGAUUGGAUGGACUUUGGCAAGCACUUGAACUUCAGAGAGUCGAUUGAACAUCGAUUGUAUGAACGUCAUAUGGCUGUGCCUCCGGUCUUGCCAAAAAAUGGGAAGCAUUGUCAUUGGAAAGACUGUUUAUGUUCAGAGAAGACUCCGAAACACCCCCUGAGGAUAUGUAUGGGGUGUAUGCGAGUGUAUUAUUGUAGCUCUCGGUGCCAGACGAGUGAUUGGAAGAACGGUGGCCAUCGAGAGAGGUGCCGUGGUCGACGAACCAACGGUCAGUAGCGAAGAGCAAAUACCCGGCGCCACUUCCCGAUAUCCUUUCAUGAUCUUUCCUGCUCUAUCUCAAGCACUUCUGCUCUGUUUCUUCAAUUGUAUCGAUACCCUUUGGCUACUGUAAUAUCCUGCUCCAAAGACACGAACUUGUGUCGGUACCGGUGUCUUGAUGAUGUAAGUAUCGUUGCCUAUAUUGAAGGACAUACUUAUGCGUGACUCCCUGAUACACUGAAUCUGCAUCGGCCGUAGAGAUACCAUCCUACAUAUACUGUAUCACUAGCAUCGAUUGCAUCGGAGUCGUUCAAGCAUUUCUUGGCUUUCAAGGGGCUGCGGAGGAGACAUUUCUCCAUUGGACAUUAGAAUUUACCACCUAUGUAAGUUUAGCAGAGGUAGAAUACGAGUCAAAAAGAGCCUGAACAAAGGUAUCUUGAAUAU